GGACCAUGGGACCUGGAAGUUGUCUUUGUCCGGCCAGGGCUGCCCUUCCGGUUCCGUUGGGUCCCCCUUUGGCUCGGGUUCCCUGCCCCUCCCCCUUCCCGGAGCCCCGAGGGGCCGGAGCUCCUGGCGGUGCCGGAUCCUGACGGCGGCCUUCCCCCGGGUCUACAGAGCCUCAUUCUGUCACCCAGGCUGGAGUGCAAUGGCGCAAUCUCAGCUCGCUGAAACGUUCACCUCCCAGGUUCAAGUGAUUCUCCAGCCUUGGCCUCCUGAGUAGCUGGGACUACAGGCACGUGCCACCACACCUGGGUCUGCCAAAAUGUCUGAAAGAUCAGAUCUCCUUCACUUCAAGUUUGAAAAUUAUGGAGAUUCAAUGUUACAAAAAAUGAACAAAUUAAGAGAAGAGAAUAAAUUUUGUGAUGUUACAGUUCUCAUAGAUGAUAUUGAGGUACAGGGACAUAAAAUUGUGUUUGCUGCAGGUUCCCCCUUCUUAAGAGACCAAUUUUUACUGAAUGAUUCCAGAGAGGUGAAAAUCUCCAUAUUACAGAGUUCCGAAGUGGGGAGACAAUUGCUCUUAUCCUGUUAUAGUGGUGUGCUGGAAUUCCCUGAGAUGGAACUGGUAAAUUACUUGACUGCUGCAAGUUUUCUUCAGAUGAGCCACAUUGUAGAACGGUGCACACAGGCCCUGUGGAAGUUUAUAAAGCCAAAACAACCAAUGGAUAGUAAAGAGGGAUGUGAACCACAGAGUGCUUCUCCCCAGUCAAAAGAACAGCAGGGAGAUGCCAGAGGCUCCCCAAAGCAGGACUCACCUUGUAUUCAUCCAUCUGAAGACAGUAUGGAUAUGGAGGACAGUGAUAUUCAGAUUGUUAAGGUAGAAUCUAUUGGGGAUGUAUCAGAGGUUAGAAGUAAAAAAGAUCAGAACCAGUUUAUUUCUUCUGAACCCACUGCUUUACAUUCAUCAGAGCCCCAGCACUCCCUGAUAAAUUCAACUGUGGAAAACAGAGUAAGUGAAAUAGAACAAAACCAUCUCCACAAUUAUGCCCUUUCUUAUACAGGCAGUGAUAACAUCAUCAUGGCCUCAAAAGAUGUCUUUGGCCCUAAUAUUCGAGGUGUAGACAAAGGCCUACAGUGGCAUCACCAGUGCCCAAAGUGUACCAGGGUGUUUCGUCACCUGGAGAACUACGCCAACCAUUUAAAAAUGCACAAACUCUUUAUGUGUCUACUCUGCGGCAAGACUUUCACUCAGAAAGGCAACCUUCAUCGACACAUGCGUGUGCAUGCCGGAAUUAAACCUUUCCAGUGUAAAAUCUGUGGGAAAACCUUUUCUCAGAAGUGUUCCUUACAGGAUCAUCUUAACCUUCACAGUGGAGAUAAGCCCCAUAAAUGUAACUAUUGUGAUAUGGUUUUUGCACAUAAACCAGUUUUGAGGAAACACCUUAAACAGCUGCAUGGCAAAAACAGCUUUGAUAAUGCCAAUGAGAGAAAUGUACAAGACCUCACAGUGGAUUUUGAUUCUUUUGCAUGUACAACAGUCACAGACUCUAAAGGGUGUCAGCCACAACCCGAUGCAACACAGGUCCUGGAUGCAGGUAAACUGGCCCAAGCUGUCCUGAACUUAAGAAAUGAUAGUACUUGUGUGAAUUGAGUAGGGGCUUCAUGCUCACAACUCGAACUGACUGACAAUGUGGCAAUAGUCUUAGUCUUUUUAGGAGUGAUUUUGCUAGUUUGACUUCUCCAAAGCCUCUGUGUAGGUGGUAGGGAGUGAGUCAAAGCACUAAUAGACCAGGCAACUUACCACUUGGAGUGGAUUUGCCUUACUUUUGCCCUCUCCCAUUUUCUGUUUUGAGUUAUUUAUCUUGGAAAGUCUGUUUUCCUUUCCCAAGGAAUAAUUCCUUUUGUCUACCUAACAUUGACUUAUGUCUUAGACUGACACUGUUUUAGGCUUUUCACUAGGCACAUUCCGAAGGUACCAACAAGUUAAUAACGUCACCUACUCUCCACUAAUAGAUGCUAUGCUAAGAGAAGUGAAUAAUCUUUCUUUGGUAGAAAAUAGGCUGAGAUAUAAGGUGAUAUUGCUAUUGACUUGAAAAUGUGAUAGAACUUCUGGUUGCCUAUUGAUUAUUCCUCCAUGUCUGAUAAAUGAAUCUGCUUCCUACCAUUUGUACUUGUCUUGGAGCUGGCUGUAAAGAAGUAUGCUGGUUUGUUAUGUACUCUUUUCAACAGUAUCAUAGCCCAACUUCAUCUCAUUGAAUUGUUCACAUAUACCAGAGUACUCUCUCUUGAGGAACACCUGCAGGCAGAUAGUUAGGGAUGACCAUGAGGAGCAUAAUCAACAGGGAUAGAAGUACACUUAUACAACAGCACUUACAUGGGAGGUUUCUCUGGUAGCAUGUCCCAUAAGAGGCCAUAUGCUUAUAAUUAAUGUGUAACUUGUUGAUGCUUUUGAGAUCAGGACUGCUCCAGGCACGCUAAAAAUGUGCUAAAGUAUAGUGGGCUCUCUAAAAAGAGGCUAUUUGGGAGUCUCUGAAUUUUGUUUCAGAGUUUAGCCAUCAGAAAGGUGAGUUUGGCCAUCAGAGUUUUGUCCUGUGCACCAUAAAAGUCUCUGAAUUUUCAUUUCCUCAUGUACCUUAAUUUCUAAAACGGAUGAUAAAAGUUAGGUUGGACACAGAAGGGGCAAUCAAAUUUCUGUAUUCAGAUACCUCUUAAAGGUACACUGUGCCACCUUGCUGCCUUUGAUUGCAAAUACAAAGUUAAUUUUCAAAAAGGAAAAACAAAACAGCUCUUUUUCCUAAAACACAUGUUGUACUUCAGACCUAAAAUUCUAAGUCUUAUUUGUUUCUCACCCAUGAGUUAGAUUUAGGUAAUAGUAUUAGUAGAGUCCUUAGAGAAUCUUAAGAGGUCAUUUACUCCACCUCUUUCAUUUUAAAUUGGGGUAUCCAAAGCCUGAAGAGGUGUCCUGGCCAAUAUUGACCAAGGUAUAACUAAAUAUGAGCUAGCGUCUUCUUCCUUCUUCUCGCUAUCCCUUGGCUUUAAAAGAUUUAGUACAUGAAGAAUAAUGCAUUAGCAAAAAGCUCCUAGUUUGUGUUUCCCCUUUGUGUCUCCCUGUUGGCUUUCUGAGACAACCUGAAUUUUGCCAACAAAAUAUCGCAGAGGGAUUUAUAUUAAUUAUUUUUUAGUUAGAUGAAUAUUAUAUUCUUCCCAUCCAAGUGAGUGAUUUGCUAGGUUUGUUUAGGGAGGGAAAAAGCAAGAAUAAUGUGAGAAGAAUCUAAAUGCGAAGUUGAUUUUGUGUGGAAAACUGUUUAUUAGUUUCCAUCAGGAUUUUCUGUUUUUAUUUUUGAGCUAUGAGAGUGCAUGCAGAUCUGAAAAAUUAGGCUUGCAUAGUCAGAGGGGAUCUUUAAUUGUUAUAUUUGAUACGUUUACAUGUAUCAUUGUUAUCAUAUGUAAAUUAUCAUGUGAGUUAGAUGUGAAGUAUGAUUUUUGUCUUUUGUUCAAGUAUUUAAAAUGAUAAUACAGUUGAGUGGUAAGACUAAUAGGUACCUUAUGCCUAACAUCACUCAUUAUAUGGUCUAAUGAUGCUUCCUAGCAUUGUGAUUUUUACAUGAUCCAGCCAAAGAGUACCAGUUCUAUGCAAUAGUGAGACUCUACCCUGUCAACCAAACAGCAUUUUUUGGUAUUUUCUGUCAACAUCAUUUCUUCACAGGGAAAUUUCAAGUUGGAGUGCUUCGUUUGCUCACAUUCAUGUCUUGUUUUUGUUACUGGUUUGAAGACUAAAAGGCACGGGUUCAAAUAAGAUUGGUCUCUUUGGUUGGAGACUAUUUCUGGGUUCAUUCAGUUGUUCAAGAAACAUUAGUUAAGCACCUACUGUUGCUAGACACUAUGCUAGAUACUGAGGAUAAUGAAGGUAAGAUUGAUAUAGUCCCUGCCCUCAUGGAGCUUAUAGUCUCAUGUGGUCUUAGUGAAACAAAGUCUCAAUUUGCUUUUAUACUAGAAAUAAUAAAGAAAGCUGCCUUGCUGUAUUCGAUCAGUUAAAAUCAGCAACUUUGUGCUUUUGUAUCAGUAAAACAUUUAGUUCUCACCUUUUGAAAAUGCAAACCACUGAAGUGAUUUACAGUCUCCUCCAUUUUUGGCUGGAGAGGUGUUCUGUUUCUGUGAGACAUUUUUCUAAUUUUUGUGGAACUUGACUUUCCUCCUUCUUUGCUUAUACGUGUUUGUUAGAUUAUAUUGCAAAGAAGUCAAGUUACUGAUAUCCAGUAUUUUACAGAGGAAGAUGACUUUCAAAACUAGUCAUAUUUCUGUAGAGGAGGAAGAUUUUUAAAACCUUUAUCAUUCAGCAUUUGUAUUUUAUGGAUCCCCAGGAGAACUAAAAAGGAGAUGACUCUCUACCAUAGUUUGGUUUAAAAAAAAUUACUCUGUCAGUUAUUUAUUUAUUAUUUAAUACUAAAGAUAAACUCCAAACUGAAGUGGCUCUGAGGUAAAUCAGAUAUGAUUUUAAUUUGUUUAUUAGCAGAUCUAUAAAUGGAAGGUGACCAAUGUCACUGCUUCUAAAAUACUGUCCUAAACAACCCAGAAGAUUUUAUUUCAGCUCAUGAAUAGCUGUUCUAAAUCUGUUGUAUGUUAGACAUACUAUGAACUACCUCUUCACUUAUUAUGGGGAAGUUUCCUUAAUAAAAGUGUGACGAUUAAA